CCAUCGCCGAUCCUCUCCUGUUCAGCAAAGCAACCAUCGGUCUAGAAGAAUGGAAACGGGGUUCGAGAGAGAAGGCAAUUUCAUAGCUAUCUAAGUUCUUCGCAAUGCACAAGCAACGCCGUUAUGUUCUUACACUGUACCAUUUAGACGAACAUUGGGUGGUGGUGGCCUUCACUUUCGAAGAAGGGUCGGUGACGUAUCUUGAUCCACUCCGACGAAAGAAAGGCUAUGAGCAGCGCGACUUCAAAGCCGUCAAAACACUCUUCGAAGAGGCGUGGAAAAAGGCGGUAACUGAAUAUGAGUUGCCAAGCUACGGUGGGAAGAAAAUAACCCAUCACAGAAACUUUCCAUGCAUACAACAGCCGCAAGGUACGAUCUUCUGUGGAUACUACUGCGCGUACAUCAUCCGCAAUUGGAUCACCAAUUUCAAGCCCAAGACGAAGAUGACCUACCAGCAGAUGGUGGAUUACUUCAAGACGGAAUCAGAAUAUGGACACAACCCACCUGUUCUUGUGUUCGAUAUUCAGAGGGAGAUAGCCACAAUUCUCAACAAAGAGGUCCUGAAGGAAAACAGUGAUUUUUAUGAAGGCGAGGUUGUGCCGAUGUAUUGA